UGGGAUUUAAGGCCGGGAGGUCCGGCCUCCAAACAGCGAGCGCGGCCUUCCCAUUGGGAACGUUUGUCCACCGGCCGGAAGCACCUCGUGGGAAGCCCUUGGAUCUCUCAUCGAGAUCAUCCGAGAAGGAGAAAGGGAAGCGUCCGUGGCCCUUAGCGCAGCCCUGCAGAAAUGCCUCCUCAGCUCCCCAGCAGCCUCAAUUUCUCGGCCAAGGUCGUCCAGGGCACCCUAGACAGCCUGCCCCAGGCGGUGAGGGCAUUUGUGGAGAGUAGCGCCAAGCUGUGCCAGCCGGACCAUAUCCACAUCUGUGACGGCUCCGACGGCGAGAACCGGAAGCUGCUGGACCAGAUGGAGGCCCAGGGGGUGAUCAAGAGGCUGCGGAAAUACCACAACUGCUGGCUGGCUCUCACUGACCCCAGGGAUGUGGCCAGAAUUGAAAGCAAGACGGUCAUCAUUACCCAAGAGCAAAGAGAUACCGUGCCCAUCCCCAAAACCGGCCCUAGCCAACUAGGUCGCUGGAUGUCCGAGGAGGACUUCGAGAAAGCAUUCAAUGCCCGAUUCCCAGGGUGCAUGAAAGGUCGCACCAUGUACAUCAUCCCAUUCAGCAUGGGGCCGCUGGGCUCCCCUCUGUCGAAGAUCGGGAUCGAGCUGACAGACUCCCCCUACGUGGUGGCCAGCAUGCGCAUCAUGACGAGGAUGGGCACCCCGGUCCUGGAAGCACUGGGCGACGGGGACUUCGUCAAGUGCCUCCAUUCCGUGGGAUGCCCUCUGCCUUUAAAAAAGCCCCUGGUGAACAACUGGCCUUGCAACCCAGAGAUGACCCUCAUCGCCCACCUGCCCGACCGCAGGGAAAUCGUCUCCUUCGGGAGUGGGUACGGCGGGAACUCGCUCCUCGGGAAGAAGUGUUUCGCCCUCAGGAUAGCCAGCCGGCUGGCUAAGGAAGAGGGGUGGCUGGCAGAACACAUGCUGAUCCUGGGCAUCACCAACCCCAAGGGCCAGAAAAAGUAUUUUGCAGCAGCCUUUCCCAGCGCCUGUGGGAAGACCAACCUGGCCAUGAUGAACCCCAGCCUCCCAGGGUGGAAGAUAGAGUGUGUGGGAGAUGACAUUGCCUGGAUGAAAUUUGACCAAGAAGGUAACCUAAGGGCUAUCAACCCAGAAAAUGGCUUUUUCGGGGUGGCUCCUGGAACCUCUGUGAAGACCAACCCCAACGCCAUCAAGACCAUCCAGAAGAACACCAUAUUCACUAACGUGGGCGAGACCAGCGAUGGGGGCUUUUAUUGGGAAGGUAUCGACCAGCCGCUGGCCCCGGGCAUCAGGCUCACAUCGUGGAAGAACAGCGAAUGGUCCCCCCAGGACGGGGAACCUUGUGCCCAUCCCAACUCACGCUUCUGCACCCCUGCCAGCCAGUGUCCCAUCAUCGACCCUGCCUGGGAGUCUCCGGAGGGGGUGCCCAUCGAGGGCAUCAUCUUCGGAGGCCGCCGACCUGCCGGGGUCCCUCUGGUCUACGAAGCUCUCACCUGGCAGCAUGGAGUGUUUGUGGGGGCGGCGAUGCGAUCAGAGGCCACAGCAGCUGCGGAACACAAAGGCAAGGUCAUCAUGCACGACCCCUUUGCCAUGCGGCCUUUCUUUGGCUACAACUUUGGCAAAUACCUGGCCCACUGGCUCAGCAUGGCCCAGCGCCCAGCAGCCAAGCUGCCCAAGAUCUUCCACGUCAACUGGUUCCGGAAAGACGACGAAGGCAAAUUUCUCUGGCCGGGCUUCGGGGAGAACUCCAGGGUGCUGGAAUGGAUGUUCAACCGGAUCAACGGGGAAGCGGGUGCCAAGCUCACACCCAUAGGCUACAUCCCUGAGGAGGGCGCCCUGAACCUGAAAGGCCUGGGGGACGUCAACGUGAAGGAGCUCUUCGACAUCCCCAAGGGGUUCUGGGAGAAGGAGGUGAAGGACAUCCAGAAGUACUUGGAGGAGCAAGUUAACACCGACCUGCCCUACGAGAUCGAGAGAGAGGUCCUUGCCCUGAAGCAAAGGAUCAGCCAGAUGUAAUCAGACCCGAGAGCUUUCCUUUUAAGAGCAGCCCCCUUUCCAGUGCAACCGGGAGCAAGAGAGAGGGGGAUUUUCUCUGUGGACACCACCCAUACCACUGCCAUGACCACACCGAUGGGCCGAUUCGAAAGACACGGUGUAAUUUUUCAGAUAAGACCACAAAGUACGGGCUGGUAACUAUGGGAUGAGUGCACGUUGGUUCAACCCUAAGGACACCAGGCAUUCAGUCUUUCCUGUUUUUAUCUCUUUAGCUGUGUCAGUUAGCUGGAAUGCACGGAGAAAACUACUUGAACUGUGUGUGUGUGUGUGUGUGUGUGUGUGUAUUUCUUGUUAUCUGAGAUGUAUAUAAUACCUUUGGAAAAAUCGUGGGCAAGAUUACCUACUAGUUGUGGCUAGAAAGAAACGCUGCUUUAUUAUUAAUAUGCACGUUUAAAUUAUUUUUAUAUACCCCUGGUUACGUACCUUCACGCGAUUUCCAUGUUUUCCCCUAACACUUCUUGGAAAAAUCACAAAAUAAACUUUUAUAGAAAA